GUUUUGGUUCCUAUUGUCUUGUUAAUGGUCUGUGUUUUUUUCUCUACAUGCGAGUUACAUUUCUGGAAGCGUUUCCUGUUUUCCUUAUGUCUCAUCCGGGAAACACGGCUAUUGUAGACUAUCAAACGAGUGCACAAAAAAAUGACGGUUGACGGCUUACGGUGACUGGACGGAUGACUUUAACCCUGAAAAAAGACUGUCUUGUUGCUUUGAACCGGAGCUGUCUGAUGGUAGCUUGCCUUGUCUGACAGACAGGCCUGGAUGGCUGAUCAGAGGAGGCAUGUGGUGCUAAAGGGUCUUGCAGCACAUGCAUCGGAAUGACACAGAGACCCACCAAUGGUAGGAUCCACCUACCGUUUCUUCUUGUACUUGUGGGAUAUGCGAUGGCUGGACUCCAGUUGUGGCCCUCUGUCCACGUUGCCCUGAGCAAUGCCAGCGUGUUUGUGGAUUAUAACACUGACUGCAAUGGCACUGGCCACAACCUGACCAUCUCUCUGGUGGACAUAGGAAGUAACACCACCUUGCUGACCAGGUACCUCCCCUACAACCAGUCAGAAGGUAGGAUGGAGUUCGACUGUUCCUGCUUUCUCUACGCCGGCAGUUUCCGAUUCCUCCUGGAACGAACAAGUGACCAGAACGCCUUAGCCAAUGGCUCAGCCACCUGGUGGUGGAGUCCAGUACUGCAGAUCAGCUGGCCAACCUUUCAUAUUUCCGUCGAGCAGGCCAACAAUCGCACCUCCGGCUCCUUCCAAAUCGGUGUGUCCACCAAUGACCACUUCCACGCAUGCGCCAUCGACGGAGCGUCCAGGCUCCUCCUGGAGGUCACCUACCUGGAGUACAAUCAGAUCGGCAAGAACAACAUCAACAAGAUCCGGGCACAGACGGAGCACGAGAUCACAACGCUGAGGUCGCAGCACGUGGACCUGGACUGCGUCUUCCCCUUUACCGAGCACGACUUCAUCCGAGUGGCCCUGAAGUCUCCCCACACCCAGCAAGAGAUCAAGGCGUCUGUACCCCUCUACCUGUCUCGCAUCUUCCCCUAUAAGCUCUUGGUGGACAGCAACCACAGGAGCGGGUGCAAUAGGGCAGUUACUGUGCGUCUGGUCCCCCCACCCUGUGCCUUCACCUAUGGGAGGGUGUUUGUAUACCGGGACGGAGCGUCCAAGAUGACCGGGUCUGGGUCCUCCUCCUCUGGCACCGAGGAAGCCACACUUCCUGCUCACCUGGCUUACAAUUGGCUGACCCAGGGGGAAAACGAGACUGAGUUCAACUGCUCUGUCUUUGACCCCGGGAAGAAUAAGUACUGCUUCCGGUUCAUCCUCAACUCCAGUCGCUCACCGAGUCCUGCACAGACCUGUACAGUGGUGCAGAGGAUUGCAGAGACAUGGGGUCCGUGGCAGCCGUGGAGCCGCUGUAGUGUGACCUGUGGGGAGGGCAUUCGGGAGCGCACACGCAAGUGUUUGGUGCCAUCUGGUGGGGCGAUGAUUCGGUGCACAGGCUUGGUGAAGGAGCAGUCACACUGCUCCCUAGAGGAUUGUGUAGUUCCCGUGCCAGUGCCAUCAAUGCUCCCUCCUAAGUCUGGCUCUUCACUGCAGGGUAACCUAGUAGGUCUGGCAGGAAUCUCCCUGUGCCUGGCAGUGAUUGUAGCCACGAUUCUCAUCACUGUCUGGAGGAAGGUGUGCCGUGCGGCCAAAUGCAGCUCGGUGCGUCGCAGCUCCGUGCACUCACCUGGCGGCCGCAAGAACUCGGACGAGGCAUCCAUCUGUGGACACAGCCUCCAGCGGCCGAGCUUCUCCGACAGCCUCCAGGCCGCUCCUGCCCUUCUGAAGGGCCCACCUCUCGCUGCUGGAGUGUCCAGCCCACCGGAGAGGGUCUUUUCAGGGGGGCAUCAACAGAACCUGUCCCUCCCUCUCACCCUCAGCCCUCAGGACCCGGAGAGACUGUCUCCGUCGGGGCAGAAAAUCGUGCCGCCAAUUUUUGGCUACCGGCUGGCCCAGCAGCAGCUGAAAGAAAUGAAGAAACGGGGCUUAAAGGAGGCCACCAAGGUCUACCACGUCUCCCAGAGCCCCAUAGAUGACACCAUGCUGGAGGCUUUGGAGUCCACGCAGAGCGGCCUCACCGCCACACAGCAGGACAGCGAAAGCCAGGACGACUCCAACCUCAGCCGCUACCGAAUCAAGUCUCCAUUCCUGGAGGGAGCCUGGACACCUUCCAAAGCUUCCAAAACCCUCCCCGACAGACUCGGCCCGAAAGCUGACUACAGUCUGGGGUCCCCGACGGCAGGCUUCAGCGCACAGAAGAGGGAGCGGACGGCCGAUUGGGUGGAGAUGGUGGAGCGCAGCGGCGUCGGCUUAUCCAAGAACCCCAACUUCAGGCGCACGUCCAGCUUCCAUGAGACCAAGCUGCACCAGCAGUCUACCCCAGUAUCAGCGGUGGCUGCCAGGCCCUUCCGGGAGCGGAGCAUGACCCAGGUGACACCACGGCAGAUCCCCGAGGGAAGCUGCAAGACGCGGGGAGCGUGGGAGCAGCCGCCCCCCAUCCGUGAGAGCGAGCCCUGGGCCCCCGGGAAACCCAGAACCUCUGAAAGCACAACAGACAGCAGGAGGCGGCCGUGGAUAGAGGCGUCACCGUGUCUCAUCGACCUCAAGGCAAACACAGGAGGGCUAGCCAGAAGUGUUUCAGCCGGAACGGACACCAGCGCCAGACCGGUGGCUGCCCCGGUUGAGAGACACCGAGGGGACGUUCCCAGCCCACCACCGGCUCUCGGGCUGAGCAGGGCCGAGCAGGCCGAGCAGAACUGGAACCGCCGGGGUCCGUCGCCGAUCCAGCGGAACAUCCUGGCGCGGAAGCUACGUGAGGCCAAUGCUAACCCUAACGCGAAUGCUAACAACGCUAAUGCGGCUUAUCAUCGGCAGCGCAGCGCCACUUUCUCCGCGACGGCGCAGCGGAGAGACCGCUGCCGCAGCCUCCCGCUCUCAGGUGACUACAGCAAUGCCUGUGCCAGCUCACCCUACGGCCUCUCUGAGGCAGAGAAGCGCAUGAUCGACCUCCCAGGACACCUGGGAGAGGAGGGGGAGGGAGUGGAGCCACCGCCAGGAUUGGGAAUGCACAGGCGCACCUGAGGUAACACCAGUGACUGGGGAAAACAUACACUACCAGUCAAAAGUUUGGACAUGUGCAUUUGUACAUGUAGCAGUCACUAUUCGAUGUGAAUUUCCUUUGAUACACUGUUAAACUACUGAAUGUUUAUUGUACCAAAUGUUGUUUUUGAUUAUGAUUACACAAUUUCACUCACUCUAAUCACUGAUUGUCAUUUGAUUGUCAUUUGCUUUCAUUUUUGGGCAUAGAGGAAGGAACUGAAUGCCCAUAGUACUACCUGUAUAAUAGGAGUCUAGUGUGGAUCAUUUCAUGGUAUUUAGCAGUUUCUCAUCUAAACAGGAACUGAAAUCUACUUUUAGUGCAUUUGUAGCAACUCACUCAUGAUCAUAAAUCUGUUCCAUCUGAAGGACACUGAAGAUAUAACUUCAUAGGGCCUUGACGUGAACAAUAGAUUUGUUGAAAAAUGUCACGAAUGGCUUAAUCUCCAUGCACAAAUUGUUCAAUAAGCAGAUAACACUGGGGAGAGGUUAUUGUAUUUGUUUUAUCGUGUUUAACCUUUCUUUUUUAACUGUUCUGUCAAUGUGCACUGUGGUUAACCAUGCACAAAUGUACUGUUUUUUUAAUACUUUUAUAGAAAAUGUAUUAUAUAUAAAAUCUGCCUGUUUGAUACGUUUUUCAUGCAAAUAGCAGAGUUUUUUUUAAAAAAAAGAAACACAACCAAGGGGCCAAAUUCAAAUGCUGGUUUUAUUAUCA